GUUGUUUCAAUUUUGAAGCUGCUGAAAGUUGUCAAAGAAACAAACUACUGCUUUGCAGUCACUCUAGGACACUGUGGGAUGUGGAAAAAAACAGACUGAAAGAGAGAAAUAAUCAGAUUCUCUUCUGUUGCUUGCUUGCUGCUGAAGGAGCUGAAAGUGAACUGCCCCAAGAAUAAAAUUGACCAGGACUGAUUUAAAAAUAAUAAUAUGGGCAGCCUUCAGUUGGAUGAUUUUGUAGCUGGAUGGGUAGGAGGAGCCACAAGUGUAAUUGUGGGAUAUCCUUUGGACACAGUAAAGACUCGCUUACAAGCUGGACAUGGCUAUGGAAGUACACUUAACUGUGUCCUCACAGUGUACAGAAAUGAAACUGCUGCUGGAUUCUUCAAGGGAAUGUCAUUCCCACUGGUUAGCAUAGCUAUCUACAACUCAGUGGUAUUUGGUGUCUUCAGCAAUACUCAAAGAUUCAUUAGUCAGCAUCGCUAUGGGAAUUCUAGCAGCUCACCAGCUCUUAUAGACUUAGCAUUAGCAAGCAUGGCCGCAGGGGCUGUGUCAGUCGGAAUUGGUGGACCAGUUGAUCUGGUAAAGAUACGGCUACAGAUGCAGACCCAAACUUUUCUUGAAGCUAACCUAAACCUGAAACAUAGGGUCACUGACAUUUCCCUACAGACUGCCUACAGAGGCCCAGUUCAUUGUGUUGCCACAAUUCUUCGGCAGGAUGGUUUAGCUGGGUUGUAUCGAGGAUCUAGUGCUAUGAUUCUGAGGGACGUUCCUGGAUAUUGCCUCUAUUUUAUCCCUUACACAUUUCUCUGUGGAUGGAUCACCCCAGAUGGAUGCUUAUCUCCAAGUCCCUUUUCUGUGUGGAUAGCUGGUGGGAUUGCAGGAGCAAUAUCUUGGGGAACUGCUACUCCUAUGGAUGUCGUGAAGAGUCGUCUCCAAGCAGAUGGGGUUUAUUUCAAGAAAUACAAAGGAGUAAUUGACUGUAUCUCCCAAAGUUAUCAUAACGAUGGUCUAAAAGUCUUUUUUAGGGGUCUCACAGUGAAUGCAGUGCGUGGAUUUCCAAUGAGUGCUGCCAUGUUUCUUGGAUAUGAACUUUCACUCAAAGCCAUAAGAGACCAAGCGGAAACAAAUCCUUGACUUCUAGGUUUUUUCUUUACUUCUCCUGAAGAAACUACUGCACUUUUUAUUUCCUGAACCAAAUCAGCAUCGCAGCCCUGAGGAGAGAUUUGAUGUCAUUAACAUGAAACAUGAACUGAAUUAACUUCACCAUGCCAGAGAGCCUUCCGCAUCUGGCAGGACCUUCCUAUGAGCUACAAAUAGGCCUGAGCUGAAAUCUGAUCCAAACCCUCUUCAAUUACAAUAUAUCUUUAAAAAGUUGGGAGGUAACUUUAAAAUGUACAGGGUGAUCUGACAAUGACCAAAACGUUUUUUGGUCUUCUUUCACAAUUAUUGGCCUAUUCCACCAAGUCCCCCAAAACAUUUGCAGAAUAUGUAUUGUCAAAGGCUUUCACAGCCGGAUUCAACUGGUUCUGGUGGGUUUUCCGGGCUGUGUGGCCGUG